AUGGCUGAAGUUGGCCAUGACGUUGGUGAACAAGAGAUUGAGCAUGAUGCAGUUCCUGGUCUUCAGCUUACAGGGGACCAGAGUGCAGAACAUGCUAUAGGUAGUGUUGGUGAUACCAUUGGUCUGGAUCAAGUAACAGAUCAGGGUUUGGAUCAUCCUGUAGAUCAGGACGUGGAUUAUAUACCAGUGCAUGUUACAGAUCAUUCUCUUGAUCCCAAUGGUGAUCAUGAUACAGAUCAUGGUGCUGAUUCCACUAUAGAUCAUGCAUCAGAUGGCGAGGUGGUCGUUGAACACGAGGCUGAACACAGUGGAGAUCAUAAUUUGAAUCAGGUAAUUGAUCACAACAUUGAUCAGGAGACUGUGGAGGAACCUGACCGUCUUCAGGAAGAUGAAGAAAAACAAGGGCAUUCAGAAGAUGCUACUGGUGCCGUUGCUGAAAAAAGGUGGCCAGGGUGGCCUGGAGAGAGUGUGUUCCGGAUGUUGGUUCCUGCACAGAAAGUUGGCAGUAUAAUUGGGCGCAAGGGUGAGUUCAUUAAGAAAAUAGUAGAAGAGACACGAGCCCGAGUUAAGAUACUUGAUGGUCCACCUGGAACGGCAGAACGAGCAGUAAUGGUAUCUGGCAGGGAGGAACCGGAUUCUUCACUUCCUCCUGCUAUGGAUGGCCUCUUACGUGUUCACAAACGCAUUAUUGAUGGUUUAGAGGGUGAUGCUUCUAAUACUCAAUCUGGAACACCUCCUAGAGUAUCAACGAGGCUCCUAGUACCAGCUUCACAAGCAGGAAGUUUGAUUGGAAAGCAAGGAGCGACUGUUAAAUCCAUACAAGAGACAUCUGGGGCUGUUGUUCGAGUUCUUGGAUCAGAUGAUCUCCCAGUUUUUUCACUUCAAGACGACAGGGCUGUUGAAGUCAUGGGAGAUGCAGCUUGUGUCCACAAGGCUCUGGAGUUGAUUGCAUCUCAUCUCAGAAAGUUUCUGGUCGACCGUAGUAUAAUUCCUGUCUUUGAAAAUUCUAUGCAAAUGCCAAAUCAUCACCAAAUGGAUCAUAUGCCGCCACCUCAUCAAUCAUGGGGACCUCCACAGGGUCUUCCACCACCUGCUGGUGGGGGGCCUCCGUAUGGACAUAAUCCUCCUCAAUAUAUGCCGCCUCCACGGCAAGUUGACAAUUACUAUCCACCAGCAGACAUGCCCCCACCAAUGGAGAAACAGCCUCACCAAGGCAUUUCUGCCUACGGGAGAGAAGCUCCUAUGAGUGGUCAUCCCUCGUCAAAUUCCCAGGCUCCAUCAAUGAUAACACAGAUUACGCAGCAAAUGCAGAUCCCAUUAUCAUAUGCCGAUGCUGUUAUUGGAACGGCGGGUGCAAGUAUAAGCUACAUCCGGCGUGCUAGCGGUGCCACUGUGACUAUACAAGAAACCAGAGGUGUACCUGGGGAAAUGACAGUAGAAAUCAGUGGAAGUGCAUCUCAAGUUCAAACAGCUCAACAGCUAAUCCAGAACUUCAUGGCUGAAGCUGGUGCGCCAAUACAAGGACAAACAGGUGGACCAGCAGAGCAAGCAUAUAACCCGUACGCAGGUCAUGGCUCUGUGUACCCGUCGCCACCUUCCAACGCUGGACAUGCAGGAGGGUACGGCUCUAUGUAUGGCACCAACUAUGGGUACUAA